AAAAGAACUGUCGGAAAAUUAACAAGAACAGAGACAACAACAAAAUAUGAUAAGCCUUAGGUUUCAACCAAGCACCACCGCCGGUGUUCUAUCGGCGUCGGUCAACCGCGCCGGAUUUAUCAAGCGAUGCGGUUUGACUAAACCGAGAAGGACCGCCCGGUUCGGGACGAUGGCUAUGGCGGCUGCUCCUCUCGAAAUCUGCGUCAAAGCUUCCAUCACCACACCCAACAAGCUCGGAGACUGCCCUUUUUGCCAAAGGGUGUUGCUGACUAUGGAGGAGAAGCAUGUACCUUAUGACAUGAAGAUGGUGGAUUUGAGUAACAAGCCUGAGUGGUUCUUGAAAAUUAGUGCAGAAGGUAAAGUCCCGGUUGUGAAGUUUGAUGAGAAAUGGGUUCCGGAUUCUGAUGUUAUAACACAGUCUUUGGAAGACAAGUACCCUGAGCCUCCUCUUGCAACCCCACCCGAAAAGGCUUCAGUUGGGUCGAAGAUCUUCUCCACGUUUAUCGGUUUUCUCAAGAGCAAAGAUCCAAAAGAUGGAACUGAGCAAGUUUUACUGGAUGAGCUUAGUGCAUUCAACGAUUAUCUCAAAGAAAACGGACCUUACAUAAACGGAGAGAAGAUUUCAGCAGCAGACUUAUCCUUGGCACCAAAGUUAUACCACAUGAAGAUUGCACUUGGACAUUUCAAGAACUGGUCUGUUCCAGAUUCACUUUCUUCCCUCAAAUCCUACAUGGAGAAUGUGUUCUCGAGGGAUUCAUUCAAGAAAACAGAGGCGCAAACAGAGGAUGUAAUUGCUGGUUGGAGACCAAAGGUGAUGGGUUAAACUGUUAAAGAGUAAGAGAUAUAGAUGUUGGCCUCCAAGUCAAGGGAUCUAUCAUCUUCUUUGCCUUCUUUCUAGUACAUGUAAAAACAAUAAUAAUAAUAAUAAUCAAAU